UCCUCCACCAACAUUCACGCCCACACCUGCUGAGACCCUCCUCCUUCAUCACAACCCACCCUCCCCACCAAUCUUAACGCGCUCGCUCGUUCCCCACUCACUGCACACAACAACUUCAAUAUCAUCCUCGCUCCAUCCUUUCGACUAUCGACAAUCUGAUCUUACGACCCCGUCCGUGCAACGUAAAUACACCAAAGCGCCAUGGCAUCAUUCGGAUCAGGUGCUGGUGGUGGAGGCUUGUUCGGCGGUGCCGGCGGCGACAACAAGGAUAACAAGCCCUCCGGCUUCAGUUUUGGAGCUCCCAACGGUGGAGCCCCAGCUGGCGGCAGUUUGUUCGGCGGUACACCUGCGAAGACCGGAACUAGUACACCUCUCUUUGGCGGUACGGGAACAUCGACGCCGACGACGGCACCUAAUGGCGGCUUUGCAUUCGGUGGUGGUACUCCGGCAGCGAACCCUGGAAUGGGUGGUGGUGGGGGCGGACUCUUCUCUAACAACAAGCCUGCUGGUGCUCCUACUGGUAGUCUCUUCGGCGCUUCGUCGACUCCUGCUGGUAACCCCAUGGGUGCGCAACCCCCAAAGCCUCCGAUGUUCGGUGGUGGUGGAGCGGCGCCUGGCGGCGGGCUGUUCGGGAGCAAUGCUGGAGGUACUACCCCGACGGGUCAACCUGGGGCCGGUGGUGUGUUUGGCGGUGGCACGGGCAUGAGCAAGCCAGCAGCGCCUGGUGGAGGCAAUUUGUUUGGCGGCGCGUCAGCUACACCACCGUCUCCUGCUCCGACUGGAGGGCUAUUCGGUGCGGCGCCUGCUACCACUACCACUCAGGCUCCAUCUUCCGGUAGUCUUUUCGGUGGUGCCGGUGCAUCCUCAGCUCCUGCCACUGGUGGAUUGUUUGGAGGCGGCGCGAACACAAACACAACCACCACAUCCCAAACUGCCGCUCCGUCGUUGUUUGGUGCGAAGCCUGCUGGUGCGCCUACCAUUGGUGGUCCAAUGUUUGGUGGUGCUGCCGGCACGACAUCAGCCCCCGCGGCCAAACCAUCCAUGUUCGGAACAAACAACUCAACGACCCCACCGACACAACCGCCAGCUAACGGUGGUUCUCUUUUCGGCGGGGCUGCCAACAACAAUGCCCCAAAGCCAGGAGGACUUUUCGGUGGAGCUCCCGCGACGACCCCCGCUACUUCGCAGGCGCCCCCGGCGGCUGCGAGUGGAGGAAUGUUUGGAGGUGCAGGUGCCGCUGCGCCUACAUCGACUUCGGCUCCUGCUACUAGCAAUGCUACUACCCCUUCCCUGUUUGGUGGACCGAAGCCGGCGGAAAGCAAGCCUUCGCUCGGCGGCCUCUUCGGUGCUGCAACGCCAGCGACGAGCGCCACUCCUGCCGCUGGUGCCACCAGCACUGCAACCACCUCUGCGCCAACUGCGACUACUACCGCUCCUGCGACUGGCGGUCUCUUUAGUGGUGGUGCGACUUCUACCACUACCUCUGCUCCUACUAGCGGCGGUUUGUUCGGUGCAGCACCUGCGGCCACCCCAGGCUCAGCUGGAGCUCUCACCGCUGGUACGCCCUCUGGUGCUACAGCCGGAACGAGUGGCAUGAAGGCCACCCAGCCGCCGCCUACCUCUCGCCUGAAGAACAAGUCCAUGGAGGAGAUCAUCAACCGCUGGACCUCCGACCUCGAGCAGUACAAGGCCCAGUUUGUGACUCAGGCCGACGAGAUCAAAAAGUACGACGAGGUUCUCAUCUCCAACGGCGAGAAGAUUGUCAAUCUCCACACCAAGACGCAAGAGGCGGAAAAGACGCAGGCGAGAAUGGAUACGGUCCUUCAGCAGCUCGAGAACGAACAGGAGGAGCUCGGUGUCACUCUGGACUACUACGAGACUCAGAUCACCAACUUCUUCGAGGCGCAGUUUGGGUCCGCCGAGGGCAUGCAGCCGGCCGAUCAGGAGAGGGAAAAGACCUACACGCUGGCCGAGAAGUUGAACGAGACACUGAGCGGAAUGGAGUCCGAUCUGGGAGAGAUGAUUAAGGCUAUCAACAAGGCCGGCGCAACCAUCAACAAGACUUCGAACGCGGAUGAUCCUUUGUCUCAAAUCGUCAAGAUUUUGAACGAGCACCUGAGCUCCCUGCAGUGGAUCGACACGCACACCACGCAGGUAGUCGAGAAAAUACAGGAGGCGCAGGCGAAGAAGGGCUCCUCCAGCGGCGACCGCACGAACGCGUCCAUGCUAGGCGGAGACAGCGAUUUCUUCCCGAACAUGUCGUACCGCUCCGCCAUGAGGUGAAGAAGGGGGAUCUCAUCAGAUGCUCAUUAUUGUAUUUCAGUUUGAGGUUCUUUUUUUUUGUUUGUUUGAUUCUCUUUUCAUGGUGCCAUACACUUUGUUUUGUCGUUGUAACAGCAACGGAAUGGUUGUUUUGCGGGAGUGAUUGAUGGUUAUCCGAGUGAUGACUAAUGCAUAGUUAACCCGUGACUUGUUCGAUAGCUGUGGGAUGAAUGAUGUGCAUAGAUACGCAGCCGAUCGAUGUCACUCAAUCAAGCUUACGUGUUCGGACGGGCUGCCGAGUGAUAAUCAUGAGUGUUGCUAGGCGAGUGAUAACCUUCCGCAUCGAGGUUCACACCAGAGCAACGGGGAACAUAUACCCAAG